AUGUUACAGGUCAACAAGGACACAGAUGAAGAAGUGGCCCUCAAAUCCUGUGAAUUUUGGUUUGUAUAUUGUGAUGCUCAAAUGCCACCAGAAAACUUGAGAGAAUUUUUGCCCCGUCUUAUUCCGAUAUUACUGUCCAACAUGGUUUAUGCUGAUGAUGAUGAAUCACUUAUUGAAGCCGAGGAAGAGGGUCCAUCAGCAAGCCGCCUUCAUGAUUUGUUUCUGCACCAGUUUUGUGAAGCUCACUCCUGCUCGGGAUGUUUGGCUUAUUUAUGUGGGGCAUUACACUGUGAUGAUGUGAUGAAUUUUAAGGCCUCUAGAAGCAAGUGUAAUCCAGCAGCAACUGCAAAAAAAAUAUAA